CGGCAAUACUUUCAUGCUUUUUACGUAAGUAAUCGAUCAAGAAUUAUUGAACCAGCCAGUCUAUCUAAUAGACGGAGAGAUUGCUUAAGAUUAAAAACUAUAUAUACUAUGUUAAUAAUUGGCCAGUGUAUUAUAUAUAUUGUAUUGCUGUUCCUUUUUAUUAACUUUCUGAUAUGUUAACAGACCGAUCCACUGAAAAUGGCUUCAUCUAAUAGGGCUUGUCAAAAUGAUCUAAUACAUAAACAAUUGAAUGCAUUUGAGAAAUUAGUAAACGCUGCAAUAAAUUCAUUCUCAAAGGAACGACUCGUUCAUUUGUUACGCUUGUUAUUAAAGAAAACAGCCCAUGUUGGAAGGCAAUUGAAUUCGCUAAAGUCAUUAAGAAAGCACAUCGAAGCCCUUGGUGAUUCUCCUGAUGAUGAUAAGAUACGUUCUCAUAUGGACUCAUUCUUUCAGGAUGUAAGGUACAGCAAGCAACUUAAAGAAUAUUUCGAUGACCGUAUAUAUCUACCUCUUAAAACGUAUUUUCCUGUUCCUCCAAAUGUUCCUAAUAUGGCCGGAAUACAAGAAGAUCUGCGUAAUGGUGUUGCGUUAAAUUUAAGCAAAUGUGCCGAGCAGCUGAAGUUUAUUAAUAACCAAUGGCAAAAUCUUUUGGAGUUCGACGAAAUACAAGCUUCCUACUUAGAUCCAGACACAACUUACGAAUUAAAAGAUUUAGGGGAUUGUUCUAAUUUUGAAAGAUUAGCUCGUCUUGUCCCUGAUUGUCUAAUUAAAGCUUUUAAGUCUCACCAAAUCUCCAAGACUUGGUGGAUUCAGGCGGAUAAAGUAGUGAAAGAGCGUGUAGCUCUUCAGAAUAAUGUUAAAAAUCUUGAAUAUCAACUCAUCAGGGAUGCCGAAGAGAUUACUGAGUUACGAAAAGGGCUUGACGAAGUUGACGAGGAAGAAAAACUUGUUGAGAAGCUUAAGCAUGAAUUUGACGAAUUAGAAAAGCGAUGCGAAGUGAAUGAUGACAGCGUUCUAUCCUAUGAACGCUCUAUAAUUUGUGAAGAUCUCGACUUUCACCUCCGUCUGCUACCCGACAUGAUUAGACAUAGAGGUGCUACUGAGGCGAAAAUAUUUGAUUUAGAAAGACAAAUUGAUGACAACAAAUAUAGAAAAGAAUCGGCUCUUGUUCAAUUAGAACACAUAGAACAGAUAGAAAAAGAGAGUACAAGAAAGCCUAGUGCUUUGAAAAAACAAUCAAAAAUUCCCGUUAGAAAAUCUGUUCACAAUUAA